UCGUAUAAAACGGUGGCGACGCUCACCCCUUAGCAUCAGUCACUCGACACUUCCAGAACUAAGAAGAAAUGGCCUGUACCAAGUUUGUCGUGUUUUGCUGCCUCAUUGGCUUAACUCUCGCAGUAGACCAGGCCAAGAAAGGUGUCCAGUCUGGAGAAAAAUCAUCAGACCUUAAGUCGGAAUCUACCCUCGGAUUAGGAUACGGCCUAGGUUACGGAUACGCAUAUCCUUAUCUGAAUUCAUACGGAGGACUCGGUUACGCCGGAUACGGCGGCGGCUACGGAGGCGGUUACGGAGGUUACGGCGGUCUCGCUAAGUACGGAGUACCUGUUUAUAACUACGGCUAUGCUCUUGGACACGCUGGCGGAUUAGGCGGAUUCGGCGGAUAUGCCGGAUUAGGUGGAUAUGCUGGAUACGGUGGUCAUGCCGGAUACGGUAAUCGUGGUUAUGCCUACCCCGGCUAUGCCGUCGGACACUACGGAUACGGAGGACUUCUCGGUGGAUACUACGGUUAAGACCCAGCCUGUCAUUCGCUAAUUGCCAAAGCUCAACCCCGCUUGAAAGUCUGUGUAUUAUUUAUUUUCUUUUUAUGAUAUAAAU